UAGCUAUUACUUGGGCUUAGUUUAAAGAAAUAUUUAAUACCAAGUAUUUUCCCUUGUGCAAGAAGAUGGAAAAGAGCCAAGAAUUUAUGAAUUUAAGGCAAACUGAGAACAUGUCUGUCGCCCAGUAUGAAUACAACUUUACUCGAUUAAUUAAGUACGCAUCCAUUUAUAAUCUUGAUGAGGAAGCAAAAGCCCAAAAAUUUCGUAGUGGGCUAAAACUUGAAAUUCAGCUGGCAUUGAGCUCUCUAGGGACAUGCACAUAUGCGAAGGUAGUCUUGCAAGCCCUAACAGUAGAAAGUAAUUUUCUCCGGAUAGAUGCCUUAAAAGCAGAAUUACAGGAGUCUGAGGAUAAAAACAUGGGGAGGAAACACAACCUGGCGAUUUGAGGAGGUAAAUUUAAGUCCAAAGGUAAAUGUCCCAGGUGUCAAAAGUUUCUCCUGGGGAAACCUUGCCAAAGUAGAAAUCAAGGGUGCUACUCUUGGGGAAAAAGUGAUCAUAUGUCUCGAGACUGUCCAAAAGGGCCUAAGUGCUUUAAUUGCCAGAAGACCGGUCAUCUCUUAAAAGACUGCCCACAAAAGAAGGAAGCUAAUCAAUUGAGGGAGACUAAAGGAAGCCAAGAACCACGAUGGGGACGUGUGUACCAUCUAACAAGAGAAGAUGCCAGUGCAAGCCCAUCAAUCAUACAAGGAACUGAUGAUUCCGGAUCUUACUAUGGCCUCCUCAACUUCUCUUUGCAGAAUCUACGGUUCACUGAUCCGUCACUUCCUAAACCGGCAGCCAUCAUUCUUCCGACCAGCAAAGAGGAGCUGGUAAGCAGCGUUCUUUGCUGCAAGAGAAUGGCGCUGGAAAUUCGGGUAAGGUGUGGCGGGCACAGCUACGAGGGAACUUCGUCUGUCGUUGUUGACGGAGCUAAGUUUGCGAUCAUUGACAUGAUGAACCUCGACCGAGUGGACGUGGACUUGGAAUCUGAAACUGCGUGGGUAGAAGGCGGCGCCACACUUGGCCAGACCUACCAUGCAAUUGCCCAAUCAAGCCCCGUCCAUGGCUUCUCUGCCGGAUCUUGCCCAACUGUUGGAAUCAGCGGGCACAUUGCCGGAGGAGGAUUUGGAUUGUUGUCUAGAAAGUAUGGACUAGCAGCUGAUAAUGUAGUUGACGCGCUUCUUGUUAACGCAGAUGGUGAGGUAUUAGAUAGAGAAGCCAUGGGAGAAGAAGUGUUUUGGGCCAUCCGGGGUGGCGGCGGCGGCAUUUGGGGCAUUAUUCUCGCAUGGAGGAUCAAGCUAUUGAGAGUUCCUCAAACUGUGACAGGCUUCAUCGUGUCCAGGUUCGGGACGAAACAUCUCGUGGCAAAGCUAGUUCACAAAUGGCAAUCUGUUGCGCCUAAAUUGGAAGACGCCUUCUAUUUAUCUUCUUUUGUGGGUGCUAGUUUGCCAGAAUCACAGAAAACUGGAAUCUCCGCUACAUUCAAAGGGUUUUAUCUAGGUCCGAGAAGCAAAGUUGUGUCUAUCCUAAAACUAGCCUUCCCAGAGCUGGGCAUUGUGGAAGAAGAUUGCCAAGAAAUGAGUUGGAUAGAGUCCGUUGUCUACUUCUCCGGCCUAGACAAUGGCAGCACCGUUGCCGACCUACGAGAUCGUUACUUGCACCAAAAGAGUUACUUCAAGGCCAAAUCAGAUUACGUGAGAGCCAUAAUUCCAUUGGGCGGCAUCGAGGAAGCCAUUGACAUACUUGACAAGGAACCAAAAGGGUACGUUAUCUUGGACCCUUAUGGGGGCAUUAUGCAAAACAUAAACAGUAGCUCCAUAGCUUUUCCCCAUAGAAAAGGUAACCUCUUUGCAAUCCAGUAUCUAGUGGAGUGGAAAGAAGAAGAUAACCAUGAAAGCACCAAGUAUAUAGAAUGGAUAAGGGGGUUUUACGAUUCGAUGGCAUCGCGUGUUUCGUGGGGUCCCAGGGCUGCUUAUGUUAACUACAUGGACUUGGAUCUUGGAGUGAUGCAGAUACUCAAUACAAGCGCUCCUUCUACUGAUGCAGUGGAGAUGGCUAGGGUUUGGGGGCAAAAGUAUUUCUUGAAUAACUACGAUAAACUGGUUCGAGCCAAAACAUUCAUCGAUCCCCUCAAUGUUUUUAGGCAUCAGCAGGGCAUUCCACCCAUGUCUAUGGUUGUUGGUCUCUCUACAAGUUAAUUAGUGAUAUGAAAUGGUCAAUUGUCCUAGAUAUAUGUUAAUGGAGUUGUCCAAACAUAGAGGUGCAUUUUGUUACAGGAUUAAAUGUGCUUGCAUAGAGACAUAUAGUAGGUUACAUCUUGUAUUUAAGCCCUCUAUACAUGUACGUACCCUGAAAAACAUAAGGUCAAAUUAAAACUCUAGAAUUCUCCAAGUGCUUAAUUAGGAAAGGAAGAUGUCUCUCUUUUAUUAUAUGUGGGAUUGUUUUUGAGUCCCAUAAUUAAUAUAAAUACCGAUCUAAUCUCUUAUU